AUGGAGGUGAGAGGCGGACACCCCUGGCAGCUCCCUCACCCUCCAGGCCUAAGGGAGGGACUUGAGCCCAAGGUGGCGUUCCGCGGAGGCGCGAAUCGCUGCUGGAACCUCAGUGCCGACACCGGCGGCCGACUAACGGAUGUGUUCAGCGGCGUGAUGGCCGGCUCCUCUUCCUUCUAUGAUUGCUACAAAGCGCAGAGUGAAGACAAUGUUGACCUAAGGCAGACCUAUACUCCACUUUCUUCAUCAACUGAAUAUGCAAGUUCUGUAGAUUCUUCAAUUUUCUAUGCACCAUGGUCUACUUAUGGAGAUGAUAUUAAGCAGCCUUCUAAUUCUCAGAUUAAUGUAAAGAACAGGAUUCAAACAGAAAGAAAUGACUAUGGCAGUGAAACAGACUUAUAUGGACUUGUAUCUAACAUUUUGGAAGAACAAGAUAAGUCACAGCCAUAUUUUGCUGAUGGGACCUGCUCCUCCAAUUUAAAGUCAGUUUGGCCAGUGAACACAAGCAGAUUUGCAGAUCACCAUGACCUGUUAACAGAAACCAAAAGGCCAAUAGAUACAGCCAUCUCUCAGCAAGCUUUUUAUUCUGGUGAAUCUGUGUCAGCAGUGGAAAAGCAAUACCUGCAUAAUAGUAAUCUCACACCACAACAAAAAAUAGAUGAACUUUAUCAUGGAUUUACUGGUUUAGACCUUGAAGAACAAUGGAUGUACCCCUCACGAAGUGAUCAUUCUAAUUGUUAUAAUAUUCAGACAAAUGAUACAGCUAAGACAACAUUCCAAGAAUAUCCAUUUGUCAAAAACUGUUUUACACCACAAGCUGGCCUCUCUGAGGUCAUGAAAGAAUCAGGACCUGAUACUUACCCUUAUGGAAGAGAGAAAAUGUGUGUUAAAAGUCUUGAAGUGCCAUUACAGCAGAAAAGGGCAGAGAUAUUUCUUUCCCAGUUUAAUAGAUACAAUGAAAAUGCAGAUUAUUGUAGAUAUCCAGAAUAUGCUCAUCCUAAUAAGGCUAAACUUACUAAGUGUUCAAAUUUUAGUGUCCAAGAUAGUAAAAAAUUAGCCAAUGGCACACCUGAAACACCAACUGUAGAAGCAGACAGCUACACAAAGUUAUUUCAGGUUAAACCAACAAAUCAGAAAAAAAUGGAAGAGACAAUACCUGACCAGCAGAAUUUCACAUUUCCAAAAACUACACCACACCUGACAGAAAAACAGUUUGCAAAGGAAGCAGCAUUCACUGCUGACUUUGGCUUAAAAUCAGAAUAUGGACUAAAACCUCAUACAGUUUGUCCAGCUAAUAAUGAUUUCACUAAUGUCUCAGAAAAGCAACAGUUUGCUAAAGCUGACCCCCCAAAUUCUGAGUAUUUUAAAUCAGUGACUUUAUUGUCAAACUCAGCAACAUCUUCAGGAGGUAUCAACUUAAAUAGGCCAACUUGGAUGAAUGUCCACACAAAAAGUAAUGCUCUUAUUCCUUAUCGAAAUCAAGGUAACUUGAUGAAAUUAAAUAGUCAUUUAAGUGCAGCUUCAAAAGGUUCUAACCAUUCUUCAGAUUUCCCCCAACUAUCAUCCACAAAUUUAACUCCAAAUAGUAAUAUGUUGCAGAAGUAUUGCCAAGAAAACGCUUCAGCAUUUUCUAAUUUUGAUUUCAAUUAUAAUAGUGCAGAAAGAAUUCAACCUGUCAAUCACAUGGAAGGACUGACAAAGACUGCGGAAGAAAAUCUCUUUGAAUUGGUUACCGAUAAAAAAAUAAAGCAGCCAAAUGGAUUUUGUGAUAAUUACUCAGUUCAGCAGUAUGGGAUCAUUGAAAAUGUAAACAAACAUAAUUUUCAAACUAAGCCUCAGAGUGGACAUUAUGAUUCUGAGGAAGGUCCAAAGCAUUUAGAUGCAUUAUCUCAAAAUACUUACCAAGAUUUGUUGGAGGCACAGAGUCAUUUUAAUAGCCACAGACAGGGAAGUGGAGACAACAAUAUUAAUAGCCGUGUGAAUCGCACACAGGCGUCAUGUUUUUCUAAUUAUAUGAUGGGAGAUGUAAGGCAUAAUCAGAGUUUUCAACAACUUGGUUCAAAUGGGUUUCCCCUAAGAUCCACCCACCCAUUUGGCCAUUCAGUUGUUCCACUCUUGGAUUCCUAUGAUUUGUUUUCUUAUGAUGACUUAAGCCAUUUAUACCCUUAUUUUAAUGAUAUGAUGUAUGGUGGUGAUAAUUCCUUUUCUGGUUUUGUGCCAACUUUCGGAUUUCAAAGACCAAUUAAAACCCGUAGUGGACCAGCCAGUGAACUUCAUAUUCGUCUAGAAGAAUGCUAUGAACAAUGGAGAGCACUAGAAAAAGAGAGAAAAAAGACUGAAUUGGCCCUUGCCAAGAAUUACCCAGGAAAAAAAGUAUCCAGUACUAACAAUACUCCAAUUCCAAGGCUGACUUCCAACCCAUCUAGAGUUGAUCGCUUAAUUGUGGAUGAACUUCGAGAACAAGCCAGGGUUGUAACUUUACUAGGCAAGAUGGAACGUCUUCGAAGCUCUCCCCUUCAUGCCAAUAUCUCUACUGCUCUUGAUAGACACUUGGAAUCCAUUCACAUUGUACAGUCACGUAGAAAGGAUGAAAUUGUUAAUGCUUCAAAUCGUCAAAAGCAAGGAGUUCCUAGAUGCCAAGAUGACAGAGAUGUUUUUGCCCUUGCUGCAGCAAUUAAAGAGAUGUGUGUGGCUACUCGGAAGGCACGCACUACACUGUGGUGUGCACUGCAGAUGACCUUGCCUAAAACAGCCAAUACAACUGGCCAAACAGAUGUGGAAAAGGCUUUACAAGAUAUAGUAAACUGUGAAGAUAAAGUCCAUGAAAGCAUAAAUAGUAGCAAUCCAAUGAAUCAGAGAGGUGACGCAAACAAACAUUAAGGAAAUGCCAGCAGAAAGAAUAAAAAGCUGAUAAGUAAAUGUAUCAAGACAUGCUCAACAAUUGUAAUGAACUUGUCAAACUUGAAAAUUUUAAUGCAUUUUUUCAGAUUUAGAGUUUAAUACCUUAAUGAAGUCUUAGCUUCAAUUUAAAAAUCUAUUUGGAAUGAAUCAGAUAUAGUUUAAAGUGAACUCAAAGGGAACGUUGGACUACUCAGAGUUCUGAGUAGUCGAAGAUAAGUUUAAGCAAAUUAAAUAUUUCCUAACAGCUAAAGUAUUGCUUAAACCUAUUCUGCAGUGCAGGUAAAUGCAAAUGUGAAAUUCUUCUAGAAGAUAAGUUUCAUUUAGGUCUGCCUUAGUAAGUAUAAUUCCAAAUAAUGAAUCUAAAUGACUGUAACCCAAUUAUGGCUACAGUCUAGUAAC